CUUGAUGAUUACUUCUCGCUGUGUCGCACUGGUCUUCUGCCAACAGCCAGUUUGGCUUGCUUUCUCGCCCUCUUCUCCUGGUGGCGCCGUUUUAGCUCCCUCCACUCAUUCUCCUCAGUGGCCCCCGAUGUUAGAGACCGCUAUUCUUCUCCUAAGUCUAACCGUGGUCGCAACCAGGCAAGUUGUGAUCACAUGAACUUUAGUGGCCAGCACUCCAGCACUGUAGAGAUUGGUUUCAUGGGCAACUUUGUUGAGAUGUUUUUGGUGAUUCAGGUAGUCCUAGGCUUGCGUUCCAUUAAGUAA